GUGCGUUAUGUGUUUCGAAGGGUGGUUAUUUGGUAAACAUAGGCUCUUCGGGCGAACAGGCGUAUAUCGAGAUAUUAAUAUAUAAUACUGCAAAGAAAAAGUUUUGGAUAGGAGGAAAUGAUAUUGGCCAAAACCAACAAUAUUGGACAAAGGGAAAUGCAGUUGGAACCAAAUAUUCACCCUGGUAUACUAAUUGGAAUCAUGGCCAACCGUCUAGGACAUAUAAAGGCAAACGAGAAGCAUGUAUGCUCAUUAAGGGUUCAGAGGGCGAUCGAUGGACUGAUGGAAUGUGCCACAGUCAUUAUUCUUACAUUUGUGAGCAUGACAAUGCAUCAUAAUUAAACGUAUAAUAAAGUAUCAGCAUCAUAA